AUGGACGGGAAGCGCAACAUUGUCAUUAUCGGCGGCGGUAUCAUCGGCAACACCACCGCCUACUUCCUCACGCGCCAUCCCAAGUUCAACCCCACCCUGCACACCAUCACCAUCCUCGAAGCCGGCUCCGCCAUUGCCACGGGCGCGUCCGGCAAGUCCGGCGGCUUGCUCGCGCUCUGGGCCUACCCGGCGUGCCUUGUGCCACUGUCGUUUCGGCUCCACGCCGAGCUCGCCGCCGAGCACGACGGGCCCGCGAGAUGGGGCUACCGCAAGGUCCAGUGCGGGAGCAUCUCGGCCUCGGUGCCCGAGAGCAAGGUAUCCGCGAUGCAGCGCGCGGCCGCCGGUGAGGAGGGCGGCAAGUCAUGGGACAAGCUGCCAAAGCAGGACACGGCCGCGCAAAACCGGCUCGAGGAUGCGCCCCUGCCGGACGCGCUCGACUGGGUCGACGGCGACGUCGUCCUCGACUGGGCGGAGAUGGCGCGCGGCGCCGACACGGCGCAGGUGCACCCGCACCACUUCACCCUGGCCAUGGCCAGUCUCGCGGCCGCGGCAGGCGUCACAACGCGUACCAAGGCGCAGGUCACGGCCAUCAAGACGACGGGGGAAAAAGUGCACGGCGUCGAGUACAAGGACCGCACGACUGGGGAGACGCGGGCGCUGGACGGUGUUACUGACCUCGUCGUGGCUGCCGGGCCGUGGACAGGCAGGCUGCUGCCGCGGUCCAAGAUCGACGGCCUGCGCGCGCACAGCGUCGUCUAUGAGGCGGACCUCAGCCCCUUUGCCGUCUUUACCGACGUUGAGCUGCCCCGGAGCUUCGUGCCGGCGCACCGCGCCGCCAAAGGGCAGAAGCGCAUGCACAAGGGCCGAGUUGACCCCGAGAUUUACGCGCGCCCGUUUAACGAGGCCUACGCUUGCGGUGAACCCGACACGCUUGUCCCGCUGCCCGACGUGGUCGACGACGUGCGCCACGACGAGGACCUCUGCGAGGACCUCGCAGCUUACAUUGGCACCUUUAGCCGUGUGCUCGGCGCCGCGCCCGUCAAGGCUAGGCAGGCAUGCUACCUCCCGCGGCACAUGCGCUUCGGGCAGGAGAGCGGCCCGCUGAUUGGCAAGACGACGGUGUCGGGCCUCUACGUCGCGUCGGGCCACACGUGCUGGGGCAUCCAGAACGCGCCGGCGACGGGAAAGCUCGUGUCGGAGAUUGUGUUGGACGGCGAGGCCAGGAGCGCGAAUAUCGACAAUCUGGACCCAAGAAAGUUCAAGGUAUAG